AUGGCACCCCACGCCACCUCCCCUCCCCCAUCAGAAAUCACCCGUCUCCCCGCCCCCUCCCGUCCCGCAUUCUCCCCCUCCCCACCGCGCCUCCUGAUAAUCGGCGCCGGCAACCGAGGAAACGCCUACGCAUCCGCGAUCCAAACCUCCACAAAUGGACUCCUGGUAUCAAUCGUCGAGCCCAUCCCCGUCAAACGCGCUCUAUUAGGACGCAAGUUCAUCUGGGGAAAGCGGGACGCUGAAGAAGGCGAAGAGUUUAGUGAUUGGAAGGAUUUUGUUUCAUGGGAGACGGAGAGGAGGAAGAGGGAGAAAGAGGGCGUGAAGGUGGUGGAGGGCGUGGAUGCGGUGGUUAUUUGUGUGCAGGAUCGAAUGCACAAGGAAGUCGUGCUUGGUCUUGCACCAUUGGGAUUGCAUAUUAUGUGUGAGAAACCGCUCGCUACAUCUCUGGAUGAUUGCGUGGAGAUUUAUCGGGCGGUUUCUGGGACGGGUGGGGAGAAGAGAUUAUUUGGGAUUGGACAUGUGUUGAGGUAUAGUCCGCAUAAUAUGUUAUUGAGGAAGUUACUGGUUGAAGAGAGGGUCAUUGGGGAUGUGAUGGCUGUGAAUCAUACAGAGCCGGUUGGGUGGUGGCAUUUUACGCAUAGCUACGUUCGUGGCAAUUGGCGCAAAGAAUCCACCUCUGCUCCCUCACUGUUAGCAAAGUCAUGUCACGACAUGGACAUCUUGCUCUGGCUCCUCUGCUCCCCACCUCCUGGAUCCUCAAAGCCUCCGCACUUGCCAAGCACGAUCACCUCCUCAGGCUCCCUCCAAUACUUCACCAAGCCCCGCAAACCCACUCAAGCCGGCACAGCCACAAACUGCCUAUCCUGUCCCCACGAGUCCAACUGCCAGUUCUCAGCCAAGAGAAUCUAUCUCGGCCCACAAAUGCAAGGACGACAAGAACACUUCGUAUCAAUCGUCCUCCCGGAAAUCGAAGACAUCGUCGCCUCCCAGGGGAAAGAAACCGGGGAGCAAGCCCUCCUCGCGAAACUAGGUGAAGAUUAUGACUCCACGACGCCGGAAGGGGACGUGGAGAAGAGAAAUUGGUUCGGGAGGUGUGUUUUUGAGUCUGACAAUGACGUUUGCGAUAACCAAACUGUGACGAUGACCUGGGAGAAUGAUCCCAUUGCCCUCGAAGGCGAAAGCCCACUUCAAGCAUUAAGUGGACGAGGGAGUAAGACGGCUACGCUGCACAUGGUAGCUUUCACACACAAGAUCUGCCAGCGAUUCACGCAUAUUUACGGCGAGUACGGCGAGAUUUUCGCGGAUGGCGAUAAGAUAGAGAUUCUUGAUUUCGGGACUGGAGAGAAGAAGGUGCAUUGGCCGUAUGUGCCGGAGGGAGGGGGGCACGGUGAUGGCGAUGAAGGGCUGGCGAGACAGUUUGUGCUUGCUGUUGAUCGGGUGAAGAGUGGUGGGAUGGCGGUUGACAGCGCGCAGGAGGAGUAUAUCGGGUGUACUGCUGAGGAGAUUAUUAGGAGCCAUGCUGCGGUAUUUGCAGCUGAGGAGGCGAGGAGGGGGAAGAUUGUGGUGGAUUUUGGGAGCUGGUGGGAGAGUGAGGUUGAAGGGAGGUUGAGAACGUGA